AUGAACAAGAAUAUAAGUUUAAUAACGACUAUCUGUUCAUUUAGAGUUGAUUUACGUAUUAUUCAAAAUACGAAUUCUGAGAGGGUAGUAGCUAAUACAUUAGGAAUAGUCAGUAUGAACAUUCAUUUUAGCAAAAAUAUAUUAAGUAUGGUGUUUGCUGCUAGAGAAUGCCAAGCUAUCAUUUCAAAUACGAAAGAACAUAUGGGUGAUAACGCCAACCACAACACACCUCUAUUUGAUCAUACAACAUACAAUGAAAUUGCAAAAAUUUGA